CCACGGACUGUCACUGUCAUUUUGAUUGUUAUCAAAUAUUAUUUUAAUCUCACCUGAAAUUUAUCAAAACAAUAGUAAAAAUUAUAGUUUCUGCGUUCACAGACGUAGCUAAAGCAGAGUGAUGUCUAAUGCAAUCCAUAUGUUAUGGUUAGGCGAACCUGGUCUGUGAGGAAAAUAUUAAAAAUGCCUUUGGCUGAGGCUGGUGAUCAAUACUCUAUUUGGGUGGGAUUAAUAUAUAUAUUUAAUUUAAUAGUUGGAACAGGGGCACUCACACUGCCCGCAGCUUUUGCCAGAGCAGGAUGGGGGCUCAGCACAAUAUCCCUUGUGUUCCUUGCCUUCAUGAGUUUCAUGAAUGCUACAUAUGUGAUUGAAACUAUGGCAUGUGCUAAUGCUGUGUUUAAGUGGAAGAGAUUGCAAUUUAUUAAGAGGAACAGUGUUCAAGAUGAGGACCAUUCUGAGGAAGAUCAGGCGAGUACACAUUAUGGAGAACUGGAGGAUCCCCUGGUCUGUGGUGACUCAAUACCUUCAAGAUACUACAGUUUGGAUAAAAGGAUUGAACUCGGAGAAAUGGCCAAUCUGUUCCUGAGCAAGAGCGGACGGACCAUGUUCUAUUGCACACUAUGUGUGUAUUUGUAUGGGGAUCUGUCGAUUUAUUCAGCUGCCGUUGCUAAGUCUUUGAUGGAUGUCGUGUGUUCAACAAUACCAUCAAACAUGACAAACAUAACGGACUGGGACUCAAUGCCUUGCUUCAACGUGACGUCAUCAGAAACUGGAGUUUACACUCGGUUGGAUUGCUACAGAGUCGCUCUGUUGACUUUUUUCGCCGCUAUGGGCCCUUUUGUGUUCUUUAAUGUGCAGAAAACAAAGUAUUUGCAACUUUUUACUUCGGGUAUGCGGUGGCUUGCAUUCGCAAUAAUGAUAACGAUGGCGAUCCACCUCCUCAUCAAACACGGACCGCAAGGCAGACCGCCAGCGUUCGACUUCACGGGAAUGCCCACACUAUUCGGCGCGUGUGUGUACUCCUUUAUGUGCCACCAUUCACUGCCCGGCCUUAUAUCCCCAAUACGGGGAAAAGGAUAUCUAGGCCUCCAUCUUGCUUUAGACUACCUUCUAAUUAGCAUAUUCUAUCUCUUACUAGCUUUUACGGGUGCGUUCGCGUUCGCUCAACUAAACGACUUAUACACACUUAAUUUCGUGCCCACAGAUAAUGAAAAUAUUUUCCUGGAAAUUGUCGAAUAUUUCCUAGCGUUGUUCCCAGUUUUUACACUAUCCACUAGCUUUCCUAUCAUCGCUAUUACGUUGAGAAACAAUUUGCAAAGCAUGUUCUUGGAUACGAGUCGUUUGGAGACGUACAAUUUUAUUCUCAGGAAGAUGUUGUUCCCCGUUGUCGCUGUUGUUCCGCCAUUGCUGUUGACGUAUUUCCUAGAAGAUAUAAGCAUUCUUAUAAAGUUUACAGGGUCUUAUGCGGGUACUGGGAUACAGUAUUUAAUACCUACGUUUCUAGUGCUAUCUGCAAGACGCCAUUGUUCUAAUUUAUUAGGGCUAGGCGUAGUCAAUAAAUAUAAAAGUCCCUUUUCAAACGUAGCCUGGGCUGUGUUUGUUUUACUGUGGUCUUUCAUGUGCAUCAUAUUGGUAUCCGUUAAUAUGUUCGAAAAGAACUCGUGACAUUGAAUGUCGUUGUAAUAAAAGUUUAAUGGGCGAAUUUAUGGCCGUAAAAUCGCUUAAACUAAUUACCCUCAUAAACAAGAUGUUACCAGAUACAGAUGCUUUUAUUGUUGUCAUAAACGUACAUUGAUUACGUAUUUUAUUCAUUCUUAUUAACAAAAAGAAUGUUUUGUUUGUUAUAUUGAGACCGAAUCGAUUGUGUUAAG